UUCUAAUGUAUUGUAUGUGUCAAAAUCCCAAAGCAACACAACAAGGAAGAAAAUAAAAGAUUCCUCAAAACCCAAAAACUACAACAUCAAUAACAAGAAACUCUCUCUCUCUCUCUCUCUUUUUCCAUUUCCAUGGAAAGCCAGAACAAGAGCAGAACAAGGGUCAAUGGAGGAGGAGGAGGAGGAGGAGGAGAAAGAGGACGAGGAGGAGUUUUGGAUGGCUUUUCUCCAGUCUCCUCCACUCGAAUUGAUUGGAAAUCUCGAAAAAGAACAGGUAAAGGAAGGGAUGUAGAGAAGGUGACCACAACAAGAGAAGAAGAUAAUGUUGAUAUUAAUGAAGAAAGUUUUCCCUCUAAUGAAGUAAAAAUGGAGGAUGCAGCUGAUGCAACAACUCCUGUGCUUUCUGAACGUAGGAAGGCUCUGUUUGAACCAUUGGAGCCUACAACUCAUGCCAAUCGACGGCGGCCAUCGGCCGAGUCUUUGCUCCCCAUGCCGGACUUUGACACCGCCACUUAUCCCCGCGGCUGGCAGAUUGGCAAGAAGCGAAAGCUAGUCAAUGUUGAUGUUGUUGAAAGCAUGAGGAGGAUUGCCGUCCAAGAAAUGAACAGACAGGAUAAGGAAAUUGAUGAUCUAAAUGGGGUAGUUGAAGAGGAUGGUUGGCUCAUAGAACACCUCCAAACUCAGCUUCAAGACGAAAGGAACAAAAGGUCUGAUGUUGAGAGGGAAAAUGCAAUGCUUCGAGACCAAAUUAAUAUGCUUAUGAACAUGUUGCAAGAUGGUGAAGCCCCAGAUGAUGAAUCCCCUCAUGAUGAACCCUAGCUAGCAAAAAGAUCCCCUAGUUUUAAAAAUAUAUGUAUAUGUUCCAUUAUAUUUUUUUUUACAGAUUUGUUAUGAAAAAGGAGUUAGAAGCAGGCAAGUUGCAUAUACAUCCCUAGUUUUUAUGAGUGUUGUUGUGGUGCAAUUAGCGCUUUGCAUAAACAUGCUUCCAUGUGAAACUUCUGUAAUGAAGAUCUUUAUUUAUUUGUGUGUA